GUGGCGGGGCGGGAGGCUCGAGGCCAGCCCGGGACCGGGGCUGGGAGCUGGAAGGCGGCGGCGGCGGCGGCGGCGGCGGAGGCAGUGAGUGCCCGCGCUCCGACGCCCCCAGGCGGUGGGGCUGAGAGAGCCCCAAGAUGGCUCCGAGCGCUGACCUCGGCGUGUUCAGGAUGUUAUUGUUCCUGCUGCUGCUGCGGUUUCUGCCCCCCAUUGAGGGGUCCCAGCGUGCUGAACCCAUGUUCACUGCAGUCACCAGCUCGGUCCUGCCCCCUGACUAUGACAGCAACCCCACCCAGCUCAACUAUGGUGUGGCAGUCACCGAUGUGGACCAUGAUGGAGAUUUUGAGAUCGUUGUGGCAGGGUACAACGGCCCCAACCUGGUUCUGAAGUAUGACCGGGCCCAAAAGCGACUGGUGAACAUCGCAGUGGAUGAGCGCAGCUCCCCUUACUAUGCACUGCGGGACCGGCAAGGGAAUGCUAUCGGCGUCACAGCCUGCGACAUCGACGGGGAUGGCCGUGAGGAGAUCUACUUCCUCAACACCAAUAAUGCCUUCUCAGGGGUGGCCACGUACACGGACAAGUUGUUCAAGUUCCGCAACAACCGGUGGGAAGACAUCCUCAGUGACGAGGUCAACGUGGCCCGCGGUGUGGCCAGCCUCUUUGCCGGGCGCUCCGUGGCCUGCGUGGACAGGACGGGCUCCGGACGCUACUCUAUCUAUAUCGCCAAUUAUGCCUACGGUAACGUGGGCCCUGACGCCCUCAUUGAAAUGGACCCUGAGGCCAGUGACCUCUCCCAGGGCAUUCUGGCGCUCAGAGAUGUGGCUGCUGAGGCUGGGGUCAGCAAAUACACAGGGGGCCGGGGUGUCAGCGUGGGCCCCAUCCUCAGCAGCAGCGCCUCAGACAUCUUCUGUGACAACGAGAAUGGGCCCAACUUCCUCUUCCACAACCAGGGCGACGGCACCUUCGUGGAUGCUGCUGCCAGUGCUGGUGUGGAUGACCCGCACCAGCACGGGCGAGGUGUUGCCCUGGCCGACUUCAACCGUGAUGGAAAAGUGGACAUCGUUUACGGCAACUGGAAUGGCCCCCACCGGCUCUACCUGCAGAUGAGCGCCCACGGGAAGGUCCGGUUUCGGGAUAUCGCCUCGCCCAAGUUCUCCAUGCCGUCCCCUGUCCGCACAGUCAUCGCCGCCGACUUUGACAAUGACCAGGAGCUGGAGAUCUUCUUCAACAACUUCGCCCACCGCAGCUCCUCAGCCAACCGCCUCUUCCGUGUCAUCCGCAGGGAACACGGCGACCCUCUCAUCGAGGAGCUCAAUCCUGGCGAUGCCUUGGAGCCUGAGGGUCGGGGCACAGGGGGUGUGGUGACAGACUUCGAUGGAGAUGGGAUGCUGGACCUCAUCUUGUCCCACGGGGAGUCCAUGGCUCAGCCGCUGUCCGUCUUCCGGGGAAACCAGGGCUUCAGCAACAACUGGCUGCGUGUGGUGCCUCGGACCCAGUUCGGGGCCUUCGCCAGGGGAGCUAAGGUUGUGCUCUAUACCAAGAAGAGCGGGGCCCACCUGAGGAUUAUCGACGGGGGUUCAGGCUACCUGUGUGAGAUGGAGCCCGUGGCACACUUUGGCUUAGGGAAGGAUGAAGCCAGCAGUGUGGAGGUGACGUGGCCAGAUGGCAAGAUGGCAAGCCGGAACGUGGCCAGUGAGGAGAUGAACUCUGUGCUGGAGAUCUCCUACCCCCGGGAUGAGGACAGACUUCAGAGCCCAGCCCCACUGGAGACACCAACGAAUGCAUCCAGUUCCCAUUCGUGUGCCCUCGAGACAAGCCUGUGUGCGUCAACACGUAUGGAAGUUACAGGUGCCGGACCAACAAGAGGUGCAGUCGGGGCUACGAACCCAACGAGGACGGCACGGCCUGUGUGGGUGACAUUGACUGCGGCCAAGGAUGAGAGGCACUGGCCCACGCGAUUUUGUAAAGUAUUAGUACCCCUAUCUUACAGCUGGAGAGGACAGUGGGGCUCGAGGGGUCUCCACCACGUGCUACCCUCACAAAGCCUGAAUUCCAAUUCAGGUCUCACUAGGAGUGGUAUUUGCAUUGCCUUCACGCUUGGUAAAUAUGUAAAGUCCAAACGAAGCGUAGGUGCCUCCUGCCAGAAACUUUCCUUACUCUGAGUCCUCCCGGAGCUGUGGUCAAGGGAGCUAGGGUUUCCCAAGAACAAGGCGGAGCCCCAGGAGCUGGCCGUAGGGAGAGUCACCGCCAGCUGGACUCCAUCUUUGCCCCACAGGGUUUGGGAGCCCUGGGGAUGGUUCCCAGGCUGCUGGGUUCCGGGGUGCAGUGCACGAUUCUGCCGCUCGGUGGCACCACGAGCCUCUGUAAACCCUGUGGUUUUCACACACCCCAAAGGAAGCUAGAAAGCAGUCUGGCAGCAGUGACCACGGGGGAAUGGCAGCCGAGAGCUUCCUGGGGGUUCCUCUGCUCGCUGGGGCCUGACAGGGCCUGUUCCUGGCUGGCCAGGGGGAUGCAGAGACGUGGCUGUGACCCAACCCAAGGAGGAGGCCACUUCCCCCAUAACUGAGCCAGCAGAGAAGAACCAGGGAGAGAGAAGCCACGCCUCACCUGCUUCUCCCCGCUCUGCCCUUCACCGAGCUGCCCCCGUGGGCUCCGCAGUUGAAGAGCACAGCCCAACCACACUCCCGUGUUACCUAGAAGCUCCAGCCCUGGGCUUGGAGGUACCAGGCACAGCUCCAAGUCCUUACCUGGGAAUCUGCCAAAUCCUAACCUAGGAUGACCGAGGACCUCAAGCUCUGACAGAGUCCCUAAACCUGGGUGAACUUUGCCUAGAUUCAAAACCAAGCUCUUCCACUUCCUAGUUGUGUAACUUUGGGCAAGUUAUUUAACUUCCGUGAGUCUCAGCCUCCUCAUCUGUAAAAUGGGAAUAAUAGUCCACAUCUUACGAUUGUCGUGAGGACUGAAUGGUUAUGUGGCAUCUUAGCCUAGCGCAUGGCACAUAGUGAUAAAACAAAUGUUAGCUACUAUUGGGUAUUAUUAUUAUGAAUAAUAACCUUGCCAACAGGACAGAAUGAAUUUACCCACAUGUUAAAGAACAGCCUCCGUUGUGACAACCCCACACACCCCAGGUUUGAGCAGAGGCAGUGAGUCCAGCCUGCCCCAGGGCUCAGGGAAAGGCCCAGCUGCCCCUCAGGAGCAGCAGGCACAAGUGUGAAAGCCACCCAGAGUCCCAGUCAACACCAGCCAGAGGGGAUGUCCCCAAAGCCCCCACCCUGGGGGCUGGAGCCAUUAUCCCCACAGUCUGGUGAGAUCCUCUCUUGGCCCACGGACCUGAGUGCGUGACCCUGGCCGCCCUGAGGC